AUGGAUAAUACCACAUUUGUCUUGUAUCCUGAAAUUGCUUCUGCGGUGGGAGCCAUUAAGAAGCAGCAGCUAUGGCUCAGUGAUCCUAUGAACUUGGGCCUCAGCAAGGGCCGCAGGGUGACUAAGAACAUGAGCAAGCCGAGGCACAGCUGCCAUUGCGGGCACCUCCCCAAGCACACCAGGUUUGUGUGGGACAUGAUCCGAGAGGUGUGUGGCUUCACCCCGUACAAGCAUCGUGGCAUGGAGUUUCUCAAGGUCUGCAAGGACAAGCAUGCCCUCAAGUUCAUCAAGAAAAGGGUGGGGACACACAUCAGUGCCAAGAGGAAGAGAGGGGAGCUGAGCAACCUCCUGGGAGCCAUGAGGAAAGUGGCAGCCAAGAAAGAUUGA